CUGAAAUAAUUGUCCGCUGAGUUUACCAAAUCUGCAUUUUAAACGGCUUUAAUUAUCAACCUGCAGCGCGUGAGUUUCAAACAAAGUCUUUUAACGACCCUCACAAAUUGAACAUCACAAAAAUCAAGAAUCCUCCUAAAAUCUGAUUCAUUUUGCAAAAACCCUAAUGUAAUCUUAGUUGGUUUUGCAUCCGAAUAUGGAUUCCCAACAACAGCAGGAAGAAGAAAACAGUUAUAACGAUAAUAAUAAUAUGAAGAAGAAUUACAAGAAGACGAGAGAUUUGCCAAACUUAUCAGAAUGCCAUUCUUGCGGUUUUCGAGUAGAUUGUUGCAGCAAUGGCAAGAAUAACGACAGCAGCAGCGGCAGACUCCAAACUCUAUACAGCGAAUGGCGGAUCGUCCUUCUCUGUAAAAUCUGCUUUUUCCGUGUUGAAUCUUGUCAUAUUUGUGCUUACUGUUUCAAAGAUUUAUCUUCUUCUGAUAAUAGUUGCCUCUUCCGUUGCCCCCAAUGUAAACGCAUUAUACACAGAACUUGUUUUUCCAAUUAUUCCAAUUUUGCCCCUUGGUCGUUUUCUUCUAAGUUUUCUGUAUGUGUUGAUUGUUGGGUACCCAAAUCAAUUGCCUCUAGAAGAGCAUGUUUUCGCACCAAGAAGAGUAAGAGUAACUGUAAGUACAGUUCGCUUGAGGAUGUAGUUAGAGAUGCCGAUUUUGAUGUUCAGAGGAAAGUUGAGGCAGCCGCUAAGGCUAGAGAGUUGGUUGUUGAGAAGGCUUUAGCUGCAAGAAAGGCUGCUCAGUUGGUCCAUAAUGCUUUCGACUUGGUAUCUGAGAGAGAUGAUAAUGGCAUUGCCAAUGUUGAUGAUGUACAAUUGGCCUUGCACUUGCAUCUUGCGUUGAAUAGCUCGCCUAGGAUUUUGAGCAAUUUAUGUUCACUCGAUUCAGCUGGUUCGAGUCCAUUGGUUAGAGGUCGUGUUUGUAGAAAACUCAAUCAUUCUAAUGGCGGUAAACCUGCUGCUGGCCCCUCUGUUCCAGUUAGGGUUUCAGGUUAUGAUUCUUCAUUGCAUAUGGAUUCUUUUGGAUCAAAUGGAAUUGAUGAGAACUUGAGCAGACGAGAUGCUAAAGAUUCUGAUAUUCGGUUAAAAGAAGGAGAAGGAAGUUGUUUCGAUAAAGUGAUGAACUCCAAGGCUCAUUCUUGUAGGCAGGGAGAUGGAUUCAUAGUACUUGCAGAUGAAAGAUGCAAUGGAAAGCCUGAUCGAUAUUCAAUAAAGUAUACUCGGAGAACCUCUGCAGAUGAAAGAUGCAAUAGAAAACCAGAGGUAUAUUUGAGAAAGUAUGCUAGGAGAACCUCUGCAGAUGAGGGAUGCAAUAAAAAACCGGAUCCGUAUUUGAGAAAGUACUCUAGGAGAAUCUCCGUAAAUGAAAAAUAUGAUGGAAAGCUUGAUCGGUAUUUGAGAAAGUAUAGUAGGAGGAGAACACCGACAGAUGAAAGAGACAAUAGAAAGCCUGACCUUUAUUCAAUAAAGUAUACUAGGAGAAGGUUAAAUCAGAUGUCAAAUCCUGAAAAUAGUUUCAACUGCCUUUAUGAACGUUAUAGUUUCGCAAUUGGACUAGUGCUGAGUUGUUCCUUGGAAUCAUUAACAUCUUCUAAUGAUUCAACAGAGGUUUGCCCUUCUGCUCUGCAAUUUUCUGCCUGUUCAAGUGGCUUAUCUGGAGAUCAUUCUUAGUGGCACUCAG